AUGAGCCGCUUUUCAUUUAGGAAGAUAGUUUUUAAUGAGGACAAAUUGUUAAGCUGUGAAAAUGCCCCUAAGGACAAUGCCGCUUCGUAUAAAAGCCUCACCACAUCACAAUUUAGAACCGACAAAGGAAAAAGUGGGUUUCCCCAUCAGAGGGUCGGAAGCACGAAACUGAAUUAUGCACCAAAUUUUGAAGAUACGCCAAAUGCUGCUCCCCAGGAAAAAUGUGUUGACCAUAGAAAUGACCCCCCCGCACUGAGUAGUGCAAGCAACUUAGAGGGCAACAAAAAUAGGGGGUACAUGAAUUUGAUAAAAAAUAACGUAAGAAAUGUUAUCAGUAAUAUAAUUAAUAGUAAAUCCAUACUAGGAAGGAAAAACAAGGAAGACGUGGGAGAAGACGAGAAAAAGAAGGCAGGUGAAGUAAAGAACAAAGAAAAUAAUAGGAAUGCAGAUUUGGCCAAAGAAGUACAUUCUUCUGACACGUAUGGGACAUCAACAGAUUUCAGACGAGUGCCAGGAGGUACGGAGAAAAAAGGAAGCACCUCGAACUGGGUUAGAAGCAACCAUGAAAAUAACUCCUCCGUUGGAAAAACUUGGAUAAACUUAAAAAAUGUCUACAAGGAUGUUGCUAAAAAUGAUCACAAGAAAGAUCACAAAAACGAUCAUAAAAAUGAUCACAAAAACGAUCAUAAAAAUGAUCAUAAAAAUGAUGAGUUAAAGGUGAAUCUGAGGGGUGUGGCAAAAGACAUGGUUGAUCAGUCAAAUGGGGGUAAGAGACAGCUGAGCGGAAGGGAAACCGCAACAAAUGAACAAACUGGAGGCGCAGAAAAGAUGAACAACGGGGACAGGAGCAGAACCAACAGAAGUAACAAAGCAGUACACGAGAGAGCGCGCCAUGAUUCGGCAUCCUUAAGUGGGAGGGAAACCACAUUAAAUGGGAAGGGACAAUCGCUUAUUAGCGGAACCCCCUCCCCAACUAGCAGAGGCACAUCGCUAUUUACCAAAUCGUUCAUCUUGGGAAUAAGAAAAAAUGAAAAAAUCCACAAUAAGAAAAGCGUCUUCACCUCGAGGACCACACAAAACAGAGAAAAAUACAUAGGAAGAAAUACCUCCCCAAAUUUUCUGCACAAUGAUACUUUUCAGGAAAAUUUAAAAAAGGCAUUAAUUGACACCAUCAUGAAUCCUGACAAGGGGGAACGCACACCAGAACUGGCGGCAGCGUUAAGGACAACGACAAGGACAACGCCAAAUAUAACGCCAAGGACAACGUCAAGUAUAACGGCAAGGACAACGACAAGGACAACGCCAAAUAUAACGCCAAGGACAACGCCAAAGACAACGUCAAGUAUAACGGCAAAGACGACGCCAAGGAUAACGGCAAGGACAACCCCAACCAAUGUGCUCAACCGAAGCGGAUAUCCUGACUUACUCAGAAGGAACAACUUUUUAAAUCAAAAGGGCUCUAAACAUGGAGACAAAACAAAAAGCGUAAUAAAAUACCCGUCGCCAACCAAUGCUAAUGGUGCCAAAGCAAUUGGCUCCCACAUGAAAGGGGAUAACCUGUUGGAAAGCAAGCAGCAAAUUAUGAGGAGGUAUUCUACAGCGGUUCGGAACAGAAACUCAAUGGUAAGGAAGAACAGUGUAACGACAAAUGGAUACAUCUCCCUUAAUAAGCUAAAUGGAGAGGGAAAGGGAAAAAAAAAUAUAUCCUCUGAGGAAAGCGGUACACCCAAAAUGAUGAGCUCUAUUAGCGACGCGAAAGGUUCUGACAAAAAGGAAUUGAGUAGCAGAGAGGAUAGAAGAGCUUCUCAUAAUGAUGUCUCACCGAGCAGUGAAAAUUAUAAGAAUAAAAUAUCCUCGAGAAUAUUGCAGUUACAAAGGGGAAAAAUAGACAGGGUGAAGAAUUCAGUUCUAAAAAAUGGGAAAUUAUUUAAAGAAGCUUCACCCACAGGGGGAGAUAAAUAUAGGAAUAGUCCUGUGUCGAUACAGGGUGCACAAAAAUGGGGACUACAUAAACGGGUGGGAAGAAAUAAUGAUCCAUCUCCUGUGCAUAUGCCUAAACGAUCCAAUACGAUGAAUCUAACGAUGGUAAAUAAGGAAUGUUCAGUACCAAGCAGGACACUGAAACGGUUCGAUAGUGUAGCUAGGGAUCAGAUAAAGAAGGGGGGAAAUCUUAAAGGGGGCUACAAAUUAGAUACACGUAUAAAGGAGAAAUGUUUUUACCCAGUGGAUAAUAUUGAGAAAAUUGGCCAUACCAUUUAUGGUGUGAAAUGUAAAAGUAGAUAUAUGUCGGAAGGAGUCAAAAGUUUGGGGGGUUAUGUUAAUGAUGAGGGGGGGUCCGUGCCCACUUAUGUUGUCAAGGGGGAGCAAAUUAAUGGUGAGAUCGAACAAUCAGCAAGGGAAACGGUAAUCAACGGGAAUAACCAAAACGAUGUGAUUGAAGGACAAACGGGGAAAGCACUUCUAGAUGGGGAAAGGGAAAAAAGUGCCAACCCCAGGGAGCAUACACCAGGUGAAGUAGUCACAGGAGACGAGGUAUAUUACGACUCAUCUGCAGGGAACUCUGCACAAACGAAAUGCCUCGAAACAGAUUUAUAUGAACAUUUUAACGACACCACGAUGAUGGUGUUAAAGGGAAACUUGGACUAUGGAGAGGAGACGCCUAGAUGUGUUACCCCCAUUUUGGUAACUCGGGGGGAGGAUGAGAAUCACGUCGAUAAUCUCUACAACUGUGACAACGUAAGCGAGAAAUGCGUAAAAAUGGAAGUUACCCCUACCUAUGAGGUGGAAAAGGUGGAUACACAAGAGGGGGGAACAAACGGUGAAGCACGCAACAUUGGAGCAAACGAAAUUAGACCAGAUGAAGAUGACGAAAUUGGUUCUUCUCCCACGACAGGAAGUGACAUUUUGGCAAAUGAUCCACUUCUUGAUGAAGAUACAGAAAGAAGCAGUGGGAUCCAUGUGCGAAUAAACCAUCAAUCGAACGGAUUGCACAUCGUGUUCGGAGGAGAAGUAGCCGAAUUUUGUACAGCUGAAGAAACACUGAGGGGUGAAACGAUAGAUGCCCUUGAAAGUGAGAACGAUAAGAUAGACGAUUCAGACAGGGAGUUCAUCACCCCGGUGAAGGAGGAGAAUUCCUUCAAGGAUCGCUCAUCGGAUAAUGUCAGGAACCAUGUACAAAUGGAUAUGGAAAAUAACAUCCCCGUAAAGGAAGAACAAAAGGGGGAUGCCAUAAUUCGAGGUGAUAGUCGUGACAUAAUAGAUGAAAGAGGGAACAAUUACGAUGAGGAAAAUAGGGGAGUAGCCGAAAUAGGGAACAGGAAAAAAAACGAUUAUAUAUGCAUAAGAGUAGAAUCCCAAGAUGAGGAUGUCAUUACUGAGAAUGUGAAAAUUUACUUAAAGAGCAAAAGCCAAGAGGAUGGAUUCAAAGCCAAGUUGAGAGGGGUUACCUCUAAAAGUUGUAUAACUAGCCAAAGCGUAAAAAAUGAUGAGAAUAUUUCGGCGCAAGUGAAUAUUGGGCAGGUGAGCAAAACGGCCAUUGCACACGACCGCGUGGGAAUUUGGAACUUCAAAAGGGGGAGCAAAACGGGGGAGGUUAUUAUAGGAGUGGGGCAUUCGGAAGAAGGGGGAGAAACGUGCGACGAAGAAAGGAUGAUCUUGGAAGGAGAGCACGAAGAAAGCUCAUGCAUCCAACGUAACGGUAAAGGUGUGCUACCCCGAUGUGAGAGGUGCGUAGUGGGAACCGAACCACCUGAAGCACACCACGGAAAGCGACUCCAAUCUAGGUUAAGUGAGAAGAAGAGCACACCGCAAAAACUUGGAAGGAGAAAAAACGGUGCACGUAAAAAAAGUAGUGCUAUUUGUGGAGACGAACAAAGCAAUAAGAGGGAAAACCAUUUUAAGGCAGCCCAGAUAUGUGGGAAGCAUUUCCCUCCAAGGAGGCACAAAAUGGUAAGGAAAAAUAACAUGUAUAAUUUCAGCUCUAAGUACAAGAGGAAUUACAACCUCAGUUUGGAUAACCGCAAGGUGAAGGGAAGAGACGUGGCAAGCCAUGGAAAAAAGAACGAACAGUUGAAUACACAUAUAGGGAGGGUCUUCUCAGAUGAAGGGAUAAUUAUACAGGGGGGGGCAUUUACCGGUGCUCAGAAGGGGAACAUCUGUUCCAAUGAAGGGAUUCCUGAUAAAUUACGCAGUGGGGUAAAAAGGAAAAUUCGUAAAGUCCUGACAAAUUCUACUACACCCAGUCAACUUUUGAAGAAAAAAAAAACGCAGCCAAGUUCUGCCGAAAAGAGCCCUUCCCUUGGAAAAUUGGAAUGCAGGGUAGGAAAGUCUAGGGAAGAUGAGGGACGCAAAAAGAGGAAAGGAAAUGAGUUAAAAAUGGGGGAUGAAUAUGGUGUAGUGGUAUCCGAGGUGGGGGAAAUGGUAGAGUCGUCAUCCCAGGUGGAGAAAAUGGGAGACAUGGCAGACGAGACAAGCGUGGCAGGCGCACCCGCGGGUAAACACGCAGAAUCCGUCUUCCGCGAACACGAGUGGAUGGGCUUGAUCCUGCAGAUAAUAGACAAUGAUAAUUUCGAGCUAGCCCAAAAGUUGAUGCUCUUGAUUUUCGAGAAGGAGGAGGAAUUAUACAUACAGUUCUUAGAUGUGGAGAGGAGUGAAACGAGCACGUGCGCCGAUUUUUCCCCCCUCAGCCGGGCAGACGGGACAAGCGGAACAGAUGAUCCGAAUCGAAUAGACGAACCGUAUCCAGCAGACGAUCCGAAUACAGCAGAGGAACCAAACCCAGCAGGCGAACCGAAGAAUAGAUCUGUGUGUAGUGCAGGUGGUGCAUCGAAGCAGGGGGGAAAGGAAGUGUCUCAUUACAUGGAGCAAAUUAUCCACGCCUGCCCAUCAGAUUGGCCCCUACUAGACAUAGCCAUACUGAUAAUCGUCUCCCAAAUAGUAUGCUACAUUUUUACCCAUAACAAAUGGAAGUACUUUUUUCAGACCUGCGUUUUAUUUGAAAAAUUCUGUAUUCCCAUCUUGUUGAAUUCGUCUAUAAUUAAUGCAGAGAAAAAUGGAGCUCCCAUCUUGUUGUUUGAACACGACUUCUUUUGCAAAAUAUUGAUAACUGGUAAUGCAGGAGAGGAGCUCUCCGCCACUGCGAUGAAAUACCGCUGUGAGUACUUAAAGAAUGACCACGUAGGUAAAGAAAGGACCAUUCUGGACGUGAUUUUCCUGGCACUGGCUUCCUACAUUACUGUGAGCCAAAACGUAAAUGAGUAUGUCGAAAAGAACAACCUUGCGUACUAUUUGAACUUGUUUCGCAAGAAAGCCUGUGAAGGGGAGGCCGAGGAGGAGAAACGGAAAAGGAGAAAGAGGAAGCUGUUUCGCGUGAGCAAUCAAAUGAGGAGGGGCUUCCAAAGCGGGGAUGAUCAUCACCAAAAAAGGCCUAGUAACCACUCCAAUUACACCGGAAAGAAGCAGCGAUUUUCCGAACCCCUGCAUAAGAAAAAACCAAGUGAAGACCAAUACCCAUGUGAGAGAGCCAAGAGGAGAAGAUUGACAUACGAGAAAAGUGUGAAGCGGAGGCUGAGCAUUCUGAGAACAUCUCAAUGCAUCACCUCAAUGGACAAGCAUUCGAUGCGUCCAAAAAGUGCCUGUCUUGGCGCGUACCGUAGGAAGGAAAUUACUCCCAGAGAAGGCAGUGAAAACCGACAGGAGGAUAAUCAAGCGGCAAAAUUCUACCUCUUUAGGAAUAAAAAAAUUGAGACCAUUGUACAAUACCAUACUAGGAGCCACUUAGAAAAAAUGUUGUGUCAUAUUGUUAUCGAAAUAUUUAACUUGGUGUAUGCUUUUGGGGAGUACUCCGUGGAGAAUGUGCUUAUCAUUAGGAAGUUUUUCCGCGUGUUCCUAAACUUUGCGCAGAAGAAAUUCAUAGGCUUGUCUGUGCGUGCGCACUGUUGGGGAAGUGGCAAGAUUUGGGAUGGGCAGUUUUCUGGCGGUGAGCUUUGGGGAGAAUUGGACAGCAAAAUACAUACUAACGCAAGCGCUACGGGUAUUUCUUCCUUUGCCGCGAAUAUGUGUGUCGUGAUUCCCCCACCCCAGCGGAUAUAUGACAGCUACUACAACGUGUGGAUUUGGGUGGAAAGAAUUUUUUCCGAAAAUUUUUACGAACUGAACAAUUUGUUGUACAACGUAGGGAUGGAGAAAAAGAGCCUCGUAGGAGACAAUAAUUUGAAUGCGAAUUAUGAGAAGAUAGAAACGAUUAGUAGAAACGUGAAAAGAUUCUGCACCUUGCAGAGGCGGAAUUGCUCUGUGUUGAGAAAGUACUGGGCGACCUUCGGGUGCAAGGAGGGAAUUGCACCAAAUGGAGAAAGAGAUGUAGGCGGAGUAGUUGGUAAUAGUGGUGAAGGAAGAAGCGCAAGCCUAUCACGAUCAGAUAUGGUGACAUCCAUGGAAAAAGCAUCCAUCGGUUUGGAAUCCCACGAAUGGAUCCCUACGGGAGAGCUAAACAAGGAAAACUUGCGGAAACAUAGAAUUCUCGAUAAGGUUGAAAAAAGGGACCACUCAAACGAUAGGCUGACAUUCGAAUUCUUAAGUGUAGUCGAAUGCAUCUAUCAUGUAUAUCACUCAAUGGAAGAAAUUCCGUCUUUUCUUCAUUUAAGAAAACAGAAAAAAUAUUUUGCAAAUGACAUGGGUAGUAGCGAAACGGGAAAUGGCAAAGUAUCAAGGGAGAUACCUUCUUUUAAUGCAUCUACAGAUGGAAAAUUUGAUGAGGAUAGAAACUAUUCUAAUCCAAGCCAAGAGAUAUUACUUCUGAACCAUCAAAUGGAUGGUAGCAAUUGCUACAGAAAAGGGGUGAGUACCCAGUUUGGAUGGACAACGAGUGCAGCGGUGGAGGAUAAGACCGAUCACUGGAUUAGACAGCUAAAGAGGAGGUUAAAAAUAUAUGACAUAGAGUGGCAUGAAGAAUAUGAAAAGAAGUAUGUAAAUUUGGCUAGCUCGAUGAAGAAGUUAAAAAAAAAAUUCAAGGAAAAAAAGUUGUUUUAUAAGAUGAUGGAAAGUGAUGUAAAUUCCAUUUGGCUAGACAAAAACCAGGUGUAUCUUCAAUACAUCCAGAUAACGAUAAAUUGUAAAUUUCUUUUGGGUUGUUCCUAUGAUGAAAUUUUCCAGUUCAUAAAAGGGAACUAUGGCUUUGUGUUUAAUAUGGUGGAAGAGAUGCAGAGGGACUUAGCCGGUUGCACGAUUCCUCCUCCACCUGAGGUUGGGAGGAGAAAGUAUCAAGAUGGCAAUUUUCUGCUCAUGGCAUGGGAAAUUGCGAACUUUUAUUUUUGCAUUUUAUAUUACAAAUUUGAGUUGAAGGAAAUUUUGCAAGAGUUACUAAAGUGGAUUUCUAUUUUUAGUAAAUUGGAGGAGGGGGGUAGACAUGGUUUUUCCUUACUGACGUAUAAACAGCGAUGCGUAUCAUACGCCGCGCAUAUUUUAAUUUUCCUGAAUGAGUACACCUGCGCAAAGAGGAUACUGAAGGGGUUUAAGUUGAAGUUCCUGCAAAAUGUACGGCAAGGUCAAUGGGAAAAUAAUGGUAACCCAUUAAGUGGAAAAACAUUCGAACCACAGUGCACAGAGCAAAGCAGGCCAAGCAUCGUUCCCACGUGUGAAAGAACAGCUGUGCAGGCACACACCAUGAAUAAAUGCUAUUUGUACGACAAGUGGAUAAACUUCAUGAUUAGAAAGUACAACCGUCUGAUUCCCUUUCUCUUGAAAAAAAAGAAUAUCGUUAAGCUAAUUCUUUUUAAUAAUAAAAAUGUAAAAAUUCUGCUGAAGAAGAAGAAAGAAAAAAUUAUCAUAAAAAAAGUGAUGAAUAAAAUGGAGCAACUGCAGAAAGUUGUUUUGUCUCUCUAUUGUCUCUGUGUUAAGCUAUACAAAAGGUAUUACGACCACGCGUCCAUUUUGCACUUCAAGACAGCACAGCAGUUGUUGAUCGCUUCCAAGUAUUUGGGCAUUCAUAUUAGGGAGAGGGAUUUAGGGACGACUUAUUUUCCAUCAGAUGGCGCAGAUGGUGCUGAGGUGAAAAUGGGAAAAACGCUUCUGAAUGAAUUGCCCUACCAUGGGGCCUCAAACAAUUUUCUAAAUAUGGAUGGUGAAGGGAAUUUAUUUUCUGCAUGCUCUUUUGAUGAUGUGAUGGGUAGAUCCCCUGCGGGAGGUCGCGCAGCCGCGGAGUGGGCUUCCCCUGGGAUGUACUUGCGUACGGAGAGUAGUAGUUCUCACGUUAGUCCUCACCUGGGAAAAACCGAUCUGCACGAAGACAGCCAAAACAACGAUGACAUGUUCUAUCUUCACGCGCUUAUCCUGAGCAUACAGAUACAGUACACUCUCUCGGUGUGUAUUAUAAUUUGUGCAGAUUUGUUUAUUUCCCCUGUCAAAUUAAAUCGACUUGCUGGGGGAAGUAGAGCCAAUAAACACCCGCCUGCAGUGACCAAGGCGAAGCAUCAUCAUCAUCCCCCAUAUGUGAGAUCAUUAUUUAACUGCAGAAUUUUGAGAAAACAUUUCAGAGUUAUAAAUGGGCAAGAGUUUGCCAAAAGGAAAGGUAGCAAUAAGGAAAAAGGAAGGAAGAAGAAAAGGAAAAAAAAAAAAGAACCCGCACGUUGUGGUGGUCUGGGGUUGUCUGGUCAUAUGCACAUGUACUACGUUAACUAUGUUGAUAGAAUGGCUAGCAAGAGAAAGGACCGUGAGGGUUUUUUAUCUGGGGUGGAGUUAGAAACGGAUAAAAAAGUUACCUACGGUGUUCAGCGCGCAGGUAAGUUGUGUAACCAUGGAAAGUUGUCACACGUAGGAGAUACCUCCAAAGAUUCACCUACGUAUUGUUGGCACGACCGCCCAUGGAGCAAUCAGCCGGACCGAGACUGUCUCUCUGAUAUCGUAAUGGAAAAAACGAAUAACUCCCCGGAGAGGGAAUGGACAUCUCCACAGAGUGCCAUCCCCAGUGACUGCCUGAACGAUCACCAUAAUGGUUAUCAUUAUGACCACUAUGGUGACUACCGUAAUGGCUACCUUAGUGAAUGCCUGCCUGGUCGCUACGAAAAUUUCAAAAAAUCAAUUUUAAAAAAAAGGGAGAACAACCUGAACACCUGUGAUGGAAAGUUGAAGGAGAACGGGGAUGAUUGCACAAUGCAGGAGAGGGGACCAAACCCUGUCGACACAAGAAACGCUUAUCACAUCCUAGUGCAAAUUUCGACCUGGCUAAGUAAAAACUCGGCUGCGCAACUUGCAUGGAUUGGUCAGAAGCUUUUUAAGAUGUGCCUUCCGGAACUGUUAUGCAUCGUCUUGGCACUACAAGCCAACAUGUUCAUGGGAAAGAACAUUUUAACGAACAUAAAACGGAUCGACCGCAUACUCAAACUGUGCGCAGAGAGCCCGCAGUUGGUUUACUUCGCCGCGGAGUCGUUGAAAAAUCACAAAAGUAAGACAAAUAGGAGGACAUACAAAAAUUACUUUAGCAUAGGCAAAAGGUACAAGGAAAUUUUUCACAAGAGAAAAAGAGAUGUCAUCAACUCGAAGGAAGAGCUCUUUCAACUGUGUCGGCAUUUUUUACCAUGCGAUGGGGUGAACCAAGGGAACAACCACAGCAAUGCAAUUUGA